AUGAACAGACUGUUGGUAGUUAUAGUUGGAAAUCAGAUGCAGUUCUUUGCAGUUUACCCAGUGAUCGAUCGUCUACAUUUGGGUGGACUCCAGCAGAAGCCAAUAUGCACAUGGUUGAUGAUUACUUUACUCAAGCUGAGGGCCAAGUCGCGGCACCUUUUUGAGGUUUAUGCACUCAAGCUUAGUAACUAUUACAAUAAGGUCACGGAUGAGAAAGGUAGCACCUUUGAAGACAUUGUGGAUGCAUACUUGGCAUAUCUGCAAUUAACUGUAGUUGAUCCUGUGAUGGAAAAAGCACUUCUUCACUUGCAAAAGUUCGCAUUGGAUGCACAAAGUGGAAAGGUUUCAAAAGACAGAUUGCGGUUUGGUGCUCCCUGGAGACAUCCUCCACAUACAGACGAUCCUUCCAUAUGCCACCAGUGGGCUAAGAUUCAACUGCUGGACUUUGUUCAAUCUCUAGUCAACACAGAAUUUGGGGUUAACUAUCUAGCUGACUGUAGUCUGGAGAUCUUGGAUGAUCCUUCAGCUGUUGCCUUGCUAGAGGUUGGUUUGCUUUAUGCCCAACGUGACCCUUCAUUCAUUCGCCCCAUAACACGUGGUAUCCAGAGAUGCCUUGUGAGAUGGCUUGUUCAGCAGCGGCUACAAAUGAAUUUUAAGGAAUCUGUUGAGUACUUUGGCAAAGAAGUGUAAGGGGACGCAGUUAUCGCCAUUUGAUGUUGCAAAUACGGUAAAACAUGGAUAUGACAGGCCCUGUUCAGCUAUGUUAACACAGACUCUCCUCCCAAUCCCAGAGCACCUGUUUCAACAUGACACAACUCAGGUGCCGGAUAAAUGUCUGAAACGGUCAGACUCCGUUGGGUGCAUUAAUAAUGUUUGAGGCUUAUGGCUGCAUCAACUGCUAUUCACCACUGUUGUUGACGUUGGAGGGGAAGAACUAAUCUACAGUUUGUUGAGAUUAGAAGAGGAUGGAGGACCGAUUGGAACUAAAAGUGAUGUGCCAGCAUGGAUUCUACUAUUAAAUCUGUCUACUGAUGGGAAUAUGGCAUCUGUGGUGAUGAAAUUGAUUGCACGAUGCCUCACUAGGGGAUUUUGGAGGGUUCAAUUCAUGUAAUCAAUGAGAUCAUCAAUGAGACAUGAUGAGAUGCUACACGGAAA